UUUUCACAUUUAAGAAGCGGGAAAAGGGUCAACAGUGGAAAAGUUUAAAAAUGUUCAGUAAGCAGGGAGAAUGUCAAUCAUGUAAAUCAAAAACAAACAAUCUACCAAACCUAGAAUUAUGGAUACCGAUUGUUAACAUUUACUCAACUAAAACCAAAAACAAAACAUUUUUGCCAGCAGAAUUGUUAUCAGAAAUAAUUAACUUUAUUCCUUUCAAUGAAAAAUGGGCGGUCACUAGAAUUUCUAGAUUGUUUGAUUAUUUCGUUUUUAAACUCCAAAAAAUCUGGAUAAUUAAGUUAAGAAUUGAAAAAACGCAAUGCAUUGCUAUUUUUACACAAAUCAAAGAUGACUUGACUCGUUUGAAGGCUCCUGCAUGCGCUGGAAAUCUGGAAGCUGAACAUUUGCCAAAAUUUACCCAUAUUUUUGGAGAUAUUUAUAUGCGCCUUCAUCACUUUUCAAAUGAUCUUAGAGGACUGGAUCUUUUACUUGCAGAUGUUCAAGGUUGGCCAAAAGUUGAUGUUUACUCAGGAGCGAAAAAUUUGAGGAAUGAUUAUGUUACCAAGGUAGAAAUACUGGCUCCUCUCUUUGAAAAUAUUUUCAAUAUGCUCAACAAUUCUGCUUGGAAUUUUCUUGAUUAUUUUCUGUGGAAUUUUUUUGGGAAAGGUGUUCGUGGAUCUGUCAGUCGUCUCGUCACGACGUAUAAUAAUGUAAACAAGGAGGCCGCGCGAACCGCCCGUCAAUGA